AUGGAAAAUGGAUCAGAGGUGAAGGAGUUUGUCCUUGUGGGGUUAACAGAUGUCUCAGAGUUUCAGGUCCCCCUCUUCAUAAUUUUCACCAUAAUCUACCUUAUUACCCUGGUGGGGAACCUGGGGAUGAUAGCCCUGAUUUCUUGGGAUUCCUGUCUUCACACACCUAUGUACUUUUUCCUCAGUAACCUCUCUCUGGUGGAUUUUGGCUACUCCUCAGCUGUUACUCCAAAGGUGAUGGCUGGGUUCUUCCCAGGGGACAAAAUUAUUUCCUACGAUGAAUGUGCUAUACAGUUAUUCCUCUUUAUGGGCUUAGCCACUGUUGAAAGCUAUCUCCUAGCUGCAAUGGCCUAUGAUCGCUACACAGCUAUAUGUGAGCCCCUCCAUUACACCACCAUCAUGACAUCCAGUGUAUGUGCUCAUUUGAUCAUUGGGUGCUACAUCUGUGGUUUCUCUUCCUCCAUCCACACAGGAAACAUUUUUAGCCUCCACUUCUGUAAGUCUAAUAUGAGCCAUCACUUUUUCUGUGAUAUUUCACCAGUCAUGGCUCUAUCUUGUUCUGAUGUAGACAUUAAUGAAAUGGUUGUCUUCUUUGUUAUAUCGCUUACUGCCUUUUUUGCCAUUUUCAUCAUUUUGAUAUCCUAUUUAUUCAUCUUCAUCAGCAUCUUGAGGAUGAACUCAACUGAGGGCCACCAGAAAGCCUUCUCCACCUGUGCUUCUCACCUCACAGCUGUGUCCAUCUUCUAUGGAUCAGGAAUCUUCCUGUACUUACAACCCAGCUCUAGUCAUUCCAUGGACACAGAUAAAAUUGCAUCAGUUUUCUACACUAUGGUAAUCCCCAUGUUAAAUCCUUUGGUCUAUAGCCUGAGGAACAAAGAAGUCAAAAGUGCUUUUAAGAAAGUUUUGGAUUGGAGAAAAUAA